GGUCUUGUUUCCAUAUCCGUGAAUUAUUGGAACCCUAAAACAGUCCCCUUCUUUUUGCUCGGCGCCAUCUCAAGAGUGACGGACGACGGAGCAGGGACAGAGUGGAGCUGCGAGCGAGAGUGAGAUAGGAAGCCACAAAAUCGAUAGGGAGAGAGAAAAAGAAAGUGGGGAACUGAGCAGGAGAAUCAAGGAAGGUUAGAAGUGGAAUGGAAGGGGACAAGAAUUGGAACAUUAAGGAUCUUGGGCACUGUUAGAGGAAUAGCUUUUGAUGGACUCGCCGCAACUGGACCUCGUUGGCAUCCUCGGCCUCACUGCCUUCGUCUACAUGGGAAUCAUACGAACAAAGAAGAGAAUAUCUGCACCAAACUCUAGUCUCAAUGUUGCUUCGGUUCUUGCGGGCUGCACUUCGCUAAGUUUCAGCCUUUUAGUUUUUAAUUAGCACAAGCAUCCGAACUCAACCAAACGGCUGCUCUAUUUCUUAGGGUUGCAAAUAGUGAGAUUUUGGCGAAGCUUUCUUUUCUUCAGUAUACAUGGGUAUAUACAGACACAAUCUUUAAGUGAAAAAUUUUGGGGAUUCAUCUGCGCAAUUGUUUCAUUUUUUUCGGGGCAACGUGUUUUUUUUCACUUAUUCUUGUUAAAUGGAAGGUAGCUGAAUUGUGAAGAGAAAUACUAGUUGGGUUAUUUUUCUUUCACCUUUGUUCAGCCCAAAAUGGAUUCACCUGAAAGCGUUCGUGGUCUUUUGAAGCGGGAGGUUGGUAGCUCAGAUGUGAAGAGUGACAGGGUUGGUGAUGAUGAGUGGGAGGACAGUGAUAGGAAGAAGCACAAGUCAAGCAGGUCAAGAAAAUCGGGGAAUGCGGAAGAGAUUGAUGGUUUAGGUGGCAGUGGAAGAAGAAAGAGUUCUGGUGAUAGAGGUGAGACGAGGAAGAGGUCUAGCGGCUCAAGCAGAGCUGACAGUGAUGACAAUGAUUACGAUUGUAGGAAAGAUUUGCGGUCUAAACAAUUGAAGAAAAGGCAAGAGGAAAGCACAUUGGAAAAGUUGAGCAGUUUGUAUCAGGAUGGAGAAUCAGACAAGCAAGAUGGUGGGGAUAAUAAGAUAGUCAGUAGAGCGCAUAGUCGUGCUGAUGAAUGUGAGAGGAGAAAAAUGUCUUCAAAGCAUUUGGAGUAUGAUAGUUCGCAGAAUAGAAGUAGAAAUAAUGAGGACAAAUUACAUGAUGAGCUUGGAAGCGUGGACAAAGAUCACAAAGUCCCAGAAAGGAGGGAAAGCAGUAGAGAGAAAGGUCAUGGGUCUUCUGAGCAAGUAAGAAGUUCAAGAAGAAAAUGGGAUGAAGCAGACACAAUGGGGAAGUUAGAGGAUGAUUAUUCUGAAAAGGGUGAUGCUGGAAGUGGCGUGGCUUCUGAUCCCAAGUAUGAGAGUUAUAGAGAGAAGAGUGCAUCUGCUAGAAAUGAACUUGGAGAGGGUAAAGGCAGGGGGCUGGAUUCUAGUGAUAAGAUUUUCAAAUCCAACAAUAAAGAAGAGAGAAGAGCUGAUUUUGAGAGAGCCAAGAGUAAAGGCAAGUUAGAAUCUCAAGAGGUUAGUCGGGAAGACAGAUUGGAAAGGGACAGAUAUGAUAAGUCAAGGCACCAGAGAUCAGCCACCAAUUAUGAUGAAAGUUGGGAUAAGCAAUUAAAUGUAGAUGAAGAUGGAAAUAUGCGUGGUAGGGAUAAAACAUCAAGAGAAGUCGGGCACACAAAUAGAUCCAAGACGCCUGAGAGAAGUGGUAGACGUCACCAAGAUUCAGAAAACUCAGAUAUUGAUUAUGAAAGGAGCAGUAGCUUUAAAAGGAAGGAAUUUGAGAAAGAUGGUUAUAGGGAUGACAAGAAUAAGGAUCGAGAAAGUUCUAAAGAGAGUUGGAGAAGGAGGCAAUCAAGUAGUACUGAUAAAGAGUCAAAAAAUAGUGAUGUUGUUUUUGAUCAAAAUAGAGAAUGGGAAUUGCCGAGACAUGGUCGGGAGAGAAUUGACAAUGAAAGGCCUCAUGGUCGCUCUGGUGGUAGAAAAGAUGGAAGUAGAGGUGAGGCAGUUAAAACUUCAUCAAAUUUUGGAAUUUCAAAUGACAACUAUGAUGUGAUAGAGAUCCAAACCAAGCCUAUUGACUAUGGGAAAGCAGAAUCUGUGUCCAAUUUCUAUAGGAAAACUGAAGUAAAUCAACAAUAUGAUGCUAAAUCAGGUGCAAGUGAUGAGCAAUGGUCAUAUCUGCAUGAAGACAAAGCAAGGAAGAGUGAUUUAUGUGGGGCUGGAACUCCUAGUGAAGAAUGGAAGGACAGAUAUACUGAUGAUGACUAUGACAUUCAAGGUGGAAGAGGGAGAAGUCAGAAAGGUGCUGUGGUUGGUCGUAGUUCUGGGGCUCAAAGUUCUAGCAGUGGUGGUUCACAGUCUCAGCAUGGAAACCAAGAGUCUGGAUCAUACAACAGAGCUGGUCCACAUGGAGUAAAAGGGAAUAGGGUUGGUCGAGGAGGAAGGGUUAGGCCAACUGGAAGAGAUAACCAACAAGUUGGAAUGCCACUACCAAUGAUAGGUUCACCAUUUGGCCCUCUUGCAAUGCCUCCACCUGGACCAAUGCAGUCUCUUACCCCUGGCAUGUCACCUGCUCCUGGUCCACCCCCUGGAGUUUUCAUUCCACCAUUUAGUCCACCAGUUUGGCCAGGUGCUCGAGGUGUUGAUAUGAAUAUGCUAGCUGUUCCACCUGGUCUUUCUCCCAUGCCACCUGGUGGCCCAAGGUUUCCUACUAACUUAGGGAACCCCCCAAACCCGGCAAUGUAUUAUAACCAAUCAGGCCCUGGUAGAGGAGCUUCCCCUGUCAUAUCUAGUCCUGGCUUCAAUCCUGCAGGACAAAUGACUCGAGGAACAUCAUCUGAUAAAUCUCCUGGGGGAUGGGUUCCUCCAAAAAGUGGUGGAGCUCCUGGUAAAGCUCCUUCUAGAGGCGAACAGAAUGAUUAUUCUCAAAACUUCGUUGACACUGGUAUGAGGCCACAGAAUUUUAUUCGGGAACUUGAACUAACAAACGUUGUAGAAGAUUAUCCUAAGCUUAGGGAGCUUAUACAGAAAAAGGAUGAGAUUGUUGCAAAAUCUGCUUCUCCUCCCAUGUAUUUUAAAUGUGAUCUGAAAGAGUUUGAAUUGUCUCCUGAGUUCUUUGGAACUAAGUUUGAUGUCAUUCUUGUGGAUCCCCCCUGGGAAGAGUAUGUUCACCGUGCUCCUGGUGUUGCUGACCAUAUGGGGUACUGGACAUUUGAAGAAAUAAUGAAUCUUAAGAUUGAGGCUAUAGCUGACACGCCUUCAUUCAUCUUCCUUUGGGUGGGAGAUGGUGUAGGCCUUGAACAAGGCCGUCAAUGUCUGAAGAAGUGGGGAUUCCGUAGGUGUGAAGAUAUAUGUUGGGUGAAGACAAAUAAAAAUAAUGCAACUCCAGGACUGCGGCAUGAUUCACAUACUUUGUUUCAGCAUUCAAAGGAACACUGCUUGAUGGGCAUAAAAGGAACUGUUCGUAGAAGUACUGAUGGCCAUAUAAUUCAUGCCAACAUUGACACUGAUGUGAUUAUCGCAGAAGAACCUCCUUAUGGUUCAACACAAAAGCCUGAAGAUAUGUAUAGGAUUAUUGAGCACUUUGCCCUUGGAAGGAGGAGGCUUGAACUCUUUGGUGAAGACCACAAUAUUCGAGCUGGUUGGGUAACUGUUGGUAAAGGACUGUCAUCUACAAAUUUCAAUGCGGAGGCGUAUACCAAGAAUUUCACAGAUAAAGAUGGUAAAGUAUGGCAGGGAGGUGGAGGACGAAAUCCGCCUCCUGAGGCACCUCAUUUGGUUGUGACUACGCCUGAAAUUGAGUCUCUACGUCCAAAGUCACCAAUGAAGAACCAGCAACAGCAGCAGCAACAAUCAGUGUCUAUUUCGUUGACGUCGAGUUCCUCAAACAGAAGGGCUGCAGGGAACUCACCCCAGAAUCCAACUGCAUUGGGAAUGAAUCAAGAGGGAACUCCUUGGGCUUCGCCUCUUGAUGGGUUUAAAGGAAGAGAAGGCUCUUCUUUAGUGCCUUCAGAUGAUAAUAAAGUUUUUGACAUGUAUGGAUAUAAUGGACCCCCAGGCUAUUUAGAUUUUGAGUCAUACAGACAAAUGAAUAUGUUGUAGCAUGACGCUUGGUCUUAUAAAAUGCAUGUAUCCUCAUACUUAUUGGCCCCACUAAUGUAAGCGGGAAAAUUUUUCUGGUC